AUGCCCCUCUCAGCCCUCCCAAGCCCCUCUCAGCCCACCCAUAAGCCCCUUCUCAGCCCUCCCAAAGCCCCUCUCAGCCCUCCCAAAGCCCCUCUCAGCCCACCAAAGCCCCUCUUCAGCCUUCCAAAAGCCCCUAUCAGCCUUCAAGCCCCUAUCAGCCUUCCGAAAGCUCCUAUCAGCCUUCCGAAAACAGCUCCUAUCAGCCUUCCCAAAAGUCCUAUCGGCCUUCCCAAAGCCUUUUCAGCCUCCCAAAGCCCUAUCAGCCUUCCCAAAGCUCUAUCAGCCUUCCCUAAAGCUCUAUCAGCCUUCCCAAAGCUCCUAUCAGCCUUCCAAAGCUCCUAUCAGCCUGCCCAAGCUCCUAUCAGCCUUCCCAAAGCUCCUAUCAGCCUUCCCAAAGCUCCUAUCAGCCUUCCAAACCCCCCUCUCAGCCACCCAAAGCCCUCUCAGCCCACCCAAAGCCCCUCUCAGACCCACCAAAGCCCCUCUCAGCCACCCAAAGCCCUCUCAAGCCACCUAAAGCUCCCUAAAGCCCUGCACCUUCUACAAGCCCCAGCCAAGAGUCGUAUCUGUAAGAUUGAUCGCACCUCUAAGAGCCAAAAAUGUGAAAACAUAAAUGAAGAAAUUGAUGCCAGGAAUUAA